GUCCGUUGAAACAGCCUUUGUUUUUCCCUUGACAGCUCAUUUCUCGUUCUCUUAUUCCAAAUUCUGUCUCGUCAUCAUCAUCAUCUUCUCCUUCUUUAUAUAGCUCUCCUUCUUCUUCUUUAUCCUCUGCCUCGACCAGAGAGAGAAACAGAAAUGGAUGCUCUCUUGGACAAGGCUUCCUCGGCCGUCAACCAGGCCAAAGACACCGUUGAAACGGCCAAGACCGAAGCCAUCUCUACGGUCCAGGCCUCUGUCGAAACGGUCAAGUCCGAGGCCUUGUCUGCCCCUCAGAAGCUCUCAGAUGCUGUUGUUCCACAGGUUAAGGAGGCAGUGGACGGGGCGACGUCAAGAGGGAUCGAAGGAGCCAAAUCUCUGCUGCAAAGUCUCGAGGAGAAGAAGGGAGAGGUUUCUUCCCAACUUGUCGAUACCAUGAAGCAUGCUGCCGCUGGAGUAUCCAGUAGCGCUGACUCUGCAGUGUCUCGUGAUCUUCCCAUCUCCACCGAUAAUCAGCAGCCAUUGUUAGAGUCAGGAGGUCAGAGGGCAGUGGAGUCGACGCCAUGGUGGAAGAACUGUUGUGGAGUCCUUGAUCUUCUCAAAACAUCUGCUAGAUGAAUCAUGUUUCCAUCACAGAAGAUUCAUGACAAUACAACUAAGAAUCCCAGGUGAAGAACAAGAGAGAGAGAGAGAAAUACAGAGUCCUAGCUCUGAAACUCUCUCUCUCUCUCCCAAGUUCAAGAACCUUGUUUCUGGUUACGUAUUAUACCUUCUGUUUCCGUGUGGUGUGUGAUCUUGUUAUUGCUGUCAUGUGUGUUGUUGUCAUUACAUAUUAGUCUUUGAUUCCUCUGUGUUUUGAUUCACUUCUCUUGUUUUUUUCAA